UUGUCCGUUUCAUUGUGGAGCUUUAAACGUUUUGAAGAAUCUGAAGUAUAUAUAAAGCGUCUCACCUACUGCUCCUACAGCUGGUGCAACACGGAACCAACAUGAAGUUCUCAAUCUGUUUUCUGGUAGCUCUGGCUCUCUUGGGAGCUGCAUUGACAAAACCGGUCAAAGAAAAUAUUGAUGAAGAAUUGCUUGAAGAUCUACUAACAAAAUUGGAGAAUGAUGAAAAAAUGUCUGAAAAGGGAAGAAAUAGGGGACCAGAAAGACAAAGGAUGGGAAGCGAAGAAGAAACAAAUGAUGAAAGAUUUCCUUCACGUCCACAGGACAAUGCGGAGGAAGAUAACGUUAGUGGUUCAUCCCCUUCUCGUAGAUCACAAGAGGAGAAUGGAAAUAGAGGACCACGUCCUUCUCAACCACAAGAUGAAAGGAAGGACAUGGAGAGUCGUGGCCGACAAAUGAAAGAAAGACUAGGUGAGAAAGUGGGCGAGGAACUAGGUGAAGAACUAGAAAAACUAUUUGAGGAAAUGGAGAAUAAAAAGAAAGGAAAUGGAAAAGGCGGACCAAUGAGAAAGAAAGGUAAAGGAAUGAAGAGGCCAGGACAAACGGAGUCGGAGGGUGAAGAUGUUGAUCAAAUGCGACCUACUGGACCUCCACCAGAAGAGUCAGAUAAAGAUGGUAUGAGUGGUCCAUCCCAAUAUCCAGAUGAGGGUACAGAUAGUGCUCUACUACCCCUUUCUCGUAGAUCACAAGAGGAGACGAAGGAGGAUGAAAAAAGACCACGCCCUUCUCGACCAAAAGGUGAAAGGACGGACAGGGAUAGCCGUGGCCGACAAAUGAAAGAAAGACUAGGCGAGAAAGUCGGCGAGGAACUAGGUGAGAAAGUAGGUGAGGAACUAGAAAAACUAUUUGAGGAAAUGGAGAAUGAAAAGAAAGGAAAUGGAAAAGACGGACCACCAAGAAAGAAAGACAAAGGAAUGAAGAAACCAGAAGAAACGGAAUUGGAGGGUGAAGAUGUUGAUCAAGUGCGCCCUACUGGACCUCCACCAGGUCCACAGGACAAUACAGAAGAGGGGACAUAUAGUGCUCUAGAACCCCUUUCUCGUAGAUCAGAAGAGGAGACGAAGAAGGAUGGAAAUCAAAGAUCAGGCCCUUCUCGACCAAAAGAUGAAAGGAAGGACAGAGAAAGCCGUGGCCGACAAAUGAAAGAAAGACUAGGUGAGAAAGUGGGCGAGGAACUAGGUGAGAAAGUAGGCGAGGAACUAGAAAAACUAUUUGAGGAAAUGGAGAAUGAAAAGAAAGGAAAUGGAAAAGACGGACAAAUGAGAAAGAAAGGUAAAGGAAUGAAGAGGCCAGGACAAACGGAGUCGGAGGGUGAAGAUGUUGAUCAAAUGCGACCUACUGGACCUCCACCAGAAGAGUCAGAUAAAGAUGGUAUGAGUGGUCCAUCCCAAUAUCCAGAUGAGGGUACAGAUAGUGCUCUACUACCCCUUUCUCGUAGAUCACAAGAGGAGACGAAGGAGGAUGAAAAAAGACCACGCCCUUCUCGACCAAAAGGUGAAAGGACGGACAGGGAUAGCCGUGGCCGACAAAUGAAAGAAAGACUAGGCGAGAAAGUCGGCGAGGAACUAGGUGAGAAAGUAGGCGAGGAACUAGAAAAACUAUUUGAGGAAAUGGAGAAUGAAAAGAAAGGAAAUGGAAAAGACGGACCACCAAGAAAGAAAGACAAAGGAAUGAAGAAACCAGAAGAAACGGAAUUGGAGGGUGAAGAUGUUGAUCAAGUGCGCCCUACUGGACCUCCACCAGGUCCACAGGACAAUACAGAAGAGGGGACAUAUAGUGCUCUAGAACCCCUUUCUCGUAGAUCAGAAGAGGAGACGAAGAAGGAUGGAAAUCAAAGAUCAGGCCCUUCUCGACCAAAUGAUGAAAGGAAGGACAGAGAAAGCCGUGGCCGACAAAUGAAAGAAAGAUUAGAUGAGAAAGUGGGCGAGGAACUAGGUGAGAAAGUGGGCGAGGAACUAGGUGAGAAAGUAGGCGAGGAACUAGAAAAACUAGUUGAGGAAAUGGAGAAUGAAAAGAAAGGAAAUGGAAAAGACGGACCACCAAGGAAGAAAGACAAAGGAAUGAAGAGACCAGAAAAAACGGAAUCGGAGGGUGAAGAAACACUAGACAAGAAAAUAGAUGUAGAACUAGAAAAACUACUUAAGAAAGUGGAGGAUGAAAAUGUUGAAGGACCACACCCUACUGGUCUUCCAGAAUAAGAGAAUGAGGAAGACAGAGUUAGAUGCACACCUCCUUCCGGACACCCACAAGACGAAUAUUUAAGACAAGAUUCUUCAACAGGAGAAAAUGGAUCGCUUGUCGACCAUUUUCAAACAUUGACUUUAAAUAUAAAUAAUACAAGACUUUCUCAUCCUAACAUUUUUCUUUAGAACAAUAGUUAUCAUCUCUUUAACGGUCUAUGAUAUUUUGAAAAAUAGUAAUAAAUUUAUUUUCUGCAGCAUGAAA